AUGCCAUGGGCUUACUGGGUAUCGCGAAGCCGACCGCUGGCGCCCAAGAUAUUCGUGUUAAUUAACGGGGUACUGCUAGGCCAUGCAGCCGCGUUAGCCCAGUCAGCUUUGCAUGGACUAUCUCGAAUUACUGCUUCAGAAUACCCUGACAUUUGGGGAGGACUGAUUGACUUAGAAUCACCCACGAUACCUCUUGAUGUUAUGAAGUAUGGCCAAGGGGAAGAUGUGAUCUGCAUAUCCGAUGGCAUUCCUCGAACUGCAUAUUUAAGACCUCUUCCACAUGAGCGACUGCUUCCUUCGGCUCCAGUCUCCCUGUCAUUUUUUCCCAGGGGAACAUAUUUGAUUACAGGUAGCUUAGAAGCUUUGGGUUUAGAGACAGCGGAAUUAUUGGUGGAACAGGGCGCACGCCGUAUUAUCCUCGUUUGA